AUGUGCGUUUCCUUGGAGGCCACAAUGACCGUUGUGGUUGGCAGCUCUGCGAGUCGUAUGGAAGAUGCUAUGCCGACAUUGAGUGGCCCAAGUCCCAAGGACCCUGGUGUCGCGGGCCCCACUUGGUGCAUGAAAGUGCGCGAAGAAGGCGGUGAGUCGGCGAGCAGCCGCAACAGCAACACGCACACUUCGACCAAAACAGUCAGCACAUGCUAUGAGCCUUCAAGCCGCCGGGCAAGAAAGGGCAGCGGCACAGCGGUGUCGACACAUGAUGAGUGCAGCUCUGCAUCGGAAGGUGAGCAAGGCGAUGGAGCCUCUGGGUCCGUGGGCAGCAUGGUGCAUCCCAAGCACUACAGGCCUAGUGCAUGCCACACCUUGUCACAUUGGUGCAGCCUUGCCGGAGGCAGCAUGGGGCUGGCGACGACCGAGGCUUCCAGUCUGGAAGCAUUGACGCAGCGUUUGAACGCUCUUGAGAGCUCGCUACCAGCAGACCUGGAGCAGGAAGAGGCGAAUGAUUUAAGAAUGUUUGUGACGCCCUCGACUCCUGUGCUGUUUUGGUACAAGAACUUCUACACGCCCUGCCGCCUGGAGGUUGCUGUGGGUCAGAAAGUGGAGUUGCGUCCACUGGUAUCUCAUGCGCCCGGCUAUGGUUUUGUGGUUUUCCCGACGCUUCCGCUUGGACUAGAGCUGGAUGAGCGGUCAGCCUUGGUUCAUGGCACUCCACUGGAGCCCACGCCAGGGCAAGUGACGUACCACGUUGUCGCCUAUAAUCCGGCGCAAUUGCCGACGACAUUGGAUGAUGCAUUCUUCAAGCUCACCGUCGUCGACGUGUGGUCAGCUAGUGACGAAGAGGGCUCGGAGACGGGAGAUGCUUCGUGUGAUUGA